AUGAGUUCUACAUCCGAAUCGGCUUCUGCAGUUGCUUUGGCUAGCUUACCACCUAUACGUCGUGUUAUAACUACACACGACAAAGAUGGCAACACCAUCAUCAGCGAAGAGAUACCUCAGACCCUUGAGGGAGUCGAGGUUCCCGGCACCGUCAUCUAUCUAGGCUACGCCCUGAACCAAUUUCCAGCUGCACUGAACAAUGACCAGGAUCUAAAAGAAUACAAAGAUCGCCUCCCACACAACGUGGGCAUGAGCAUUCCUCGUGGAACUGUGCUCCGUAUGAGUGAUUUCCAGCCCGGACAGUCCGUGCCGAUGCAUAGGUCGAAAACGAUAGAUUUCGGCGUGAUUAUAGAGGGAGAAGUAGAAUUGAUCAUGGGCAGUGGUGAAAGCACUGUGUUGAAGCGAGGAGACAUUAUUGUCCAGCGAGGUACGAUCCAUGGAUGGAAGAAUAACAGCACGACGGAGGUUGCUAGAGGGUUCUUUGUGUUGGUGGAUGCAGAUUUGCCGGUGGUGAACGGCAUACAGUUGAAGGAAGACGUACCAUUAGAGGAACUGAAAACCGAAUAA